UAGUAAGAAAUAUGCGGGUCCUAAGACAUCAAGAGCGAAUUUCCUACACUGGAGAUCUACCGGAAAAUGAAAUCACUAUGAUCAUUAUUAAGCCUUCCCAAGUCGACGCAGAGUCAGAAUUGAGUAGGGAAUGACGCUAGGAUGGACUCUACACCAAACGACACUUUAAGGAACUCAACAGGGGUAGCCUUGACCAUUGAACAAUAUGAAUUUCAGGAGUUUCUUAAGGACGAUAUAGCUGUUGUAGUUUAUUUGAUUCUGUUGUGUUUUGUGGGAACCAUUGGGAACGGUCAUGCUUUUAUUGUGUACCACGUGAGGUAUAAACCCUCAAACCAUCGGACCUUUGUGGUCUGGUUAGCUGCCAUUGACUUCGUUGCAUGCGCGGUCAGUGCUCCAUUUGAAAUUGUGGAUAUUCGCCAUGGAUACACAUUUGACUCGGGUGCUGCUUGCAAGUGUUUCCGAUUUGUAAACCAUGUUGUCAGUAUCGCUUCGGGGCUUAUGUUGGGAGUUAUAGCCAUUGAACGAUAUAGAAAAGCGUGCUGUCCAUUCGGGAGACAAAUAUCCGAGAAAGAGGCAGCCAUCGCAUGCAUGGUCACUGUUGGUGUGUCCAUUCUUUUGGCGAUUUCUUCAUUUUAUUUGUAUGAUGUAGCAGAAAAACUCACUGACAUUUCAGGACUUUCAGGCACGGAUUGUACAACAGGCUCCAGUGAAGGCCAGCAAUCUUUUUUCCGGAUUUAUUCCCUUCUUCUUCUUCUUAUAAGUACUGUCAUUUUUAUUAUAUGUAUCGUUGCAUAUUCCUUCGUUGGCAAGAGCUUGUACAAACAAAUGACCUUCCGUCAAUCUGCUCAACUGAAGAAUGUAAAGAAAACCUUGAGCGGAAACUCCAUCAGUAGCGAUAACAAAAUGACUGCUUCGUCUGUUCACAUGAAAAUGGUACCUAUGAAACAAGAAGGUAGCAGUUCUCAUCACAUUCAAGACGAAGAGUCUAGUGUAUAUUCCAAUAAAAACAAAAUCACGCGGAAUACCGUAGACAAACCUUCCAGUAAGCCUAUGAUGCAAGGAAAAGCCAGGCUGGAUCGAACCAGAAGGAUCACUCUGAUGUUUCUCAUUGCCACCGCUGUGUCGUAUGUGGGGUACCUGCCAAACCUCAUUAUUCUGGUUAUUAGGGCGGCGCGGCCCUCGGCCUAUGAAAACCUGGCACGUAGUCUAGGAAUGUUCACUUCAGUUCUUCUGCGAGGAUAUUUCUUGAGCAAUGUGACUAAUCCUUUGGUAUAUUGUUUUGUAGACGAUAGGUUUCGCAAGGAAUGUAAUUUAUUGUAUAGCAAAGUCUUUAAACUUCCUUCUAAAUGGAAAUCUCAGACAGUGUAGCAUUGUAUAUAUAUAUAUCGCUUUCUUCAUGUCAUAUCAUGUUUGUUAAUUACUGUAAAACACUCUAUUCGUGAGAACUUUAUUUUUGCGUAUUUAUGCGAGUCAGUGUAUGUGCUCGGUAAAAUAUCUUUCUCGCAUUUCCUAAAGAGUAUAUAGAGCAGUAAUAAUAAUUAGUGAAAAAUUUGUCUCCAUAAUAAAGAAAUUAUUUCUAUCUCGCGAAAAUAAAGUCGCGAAAAUUUGGUGAUCUACAGUAAUAAGCAAUAAACUCAGAAUUAAAGAUAUAGCAAAGUUAACAUAAUUUGUUUUUGU